CAUACCAUAUCCUCCUCGCGAAUCCAUCAUCAAUGACCACACAAGAACGAGAGGCUACUCAACUGCUUCCUAUCUACCGUUUUGUUGUUUUUUUUGUUGUUGUUGGGGGACUAUAUGUACAUAGCAUCAUGCAUUAGUCCAUGGGUAUAAUAGCCCUGUUGCGUGGGUGUGUGAGAUACUACUAUAUAUACGGUGAUAGUUAUUAGUAUACGGUGGUGUGGGCAUGGAUGCAGCAGCAGCAGCAGGGAGAUGGGAGGCGAGUGUAGCGGAGUCUAUAAACGCGGUGUAUCUGUUGUUCUCAGCAUACCUGGUGUUCGUGAUGCAGCUUGGGUUCGCCAUGCUGUGUGCCGGAUCUGUCAGGGCCAAGAAUGCCCUGAACAUCAUGCUCACCAACGUCGUCGAUGCUGUGGUAGGAACUCUUUCCUAUUACCUCUUUGGUUUUGCCUUUGCCUUCGGCACCGCAGGCGACUCGAGUACAAACCCCUUCAUAGGCACCUCUCUGUUCGCCCUCAGCCAUGUCCCCAAUCAAGACUACGACUACGCCUACUUCCUGUACCAGUGGGCUUUUGCUAUUGCUGUGGCCGGAAUAACCAGCGGUUCCAUUGCGGAGCGCACUCAGUUCAGUGCCUACCUCGUGUACUCCUUCCUUCUCACUGGCCUGGUCUACCCGGUUGCAGCCCACUGGGUCUGGUCUCCUGCGGGAUGGCUCAGUCCCACAGGCGGCAGUGGUGGGUUGCUGUUUGGUUCGGGGGCCAUUGACUUUGCUGGGAGCGGAGUUGUGCAUUUGGUGGGUGGGAUCGCAGGGCUCUGGGGUGCUCUUAUCGAAGGCCCUCGUCUUGGGAGGUUCGACGCGUUUGGGAAGCCGGUGCCAAUGCGGGGCCACAAUGCCACUCUAGUUGUUUUGGGGACCUUCUUGCUUUGGUUCGGAUGGUUCGGAUUCAAUCCUGGGUCCUUCAACAAGAUCCUCCUACUUGGCGAGGAGGUUCCCAAUCGCAAUUGACGGGCACAGCCGACCGCCAGUGACAACGGCGCUAGCGGGGUCUACUUCAGGCUGGUGACUACUGUUAGGUCGGCGAAUGCUGGUGGGCAUUGGAGCAACGGCCUGCUGGGAGGCUUGGUGGCCAUCACUUCUGGAUGCUCCGUGGUUGAGCCUUGGGCCGCAAUUGUUUGCGGUUUCGUCUCAGCAUGGGUGCUGAUAGGCCUCAACGUGUUGGCCCUCAGGCUCAGGUACGAUGACCCUCUGGAAGCUGCCCAGUUGCACGGGGGUUGUGGGGCGUGGGGCCUUGUCUUCACUGGCCUCUUUGCCAAACAUCAGUUUGUAGUGCAGGCUUACCGCGCCUCCUCCGACUCGGCAGGAGAUGAAGCAAGGCCCUUUGGGCUGCUGAUGGGAGGUGGGUGGGCUCUGGAUUUGGUUGCCAGAUUGUGGAAGGUGAUUGCGGUUAAGUUGAUGGUCACGCUCACCAUGGCUCUCUCUCCUCUACCUCUACACAACUUCAUCUUCUAUAGAUUCCGGCCGACGAUAGCCUGGCCAGGAUUGGACAGAUCUCCAAUCAAGGAGGCUAUCUUAUUCAUCAUGAACGACUCCUCCCACGCAGCUUGA